AUGGAGGAAAAUCCACGUGCAUUGUGGAACAAUCUCAAGCAGCGCUAUGAACAGCACAAAGUUGUAGUUCUACCUGAGGCAUCUCAUGAGUGGAACUAUCUGCGCCUGCAGGACUUUAAGACUGUGGAUGAAUAUAAUCAUGCUGUUCAUAGAGUUUGCCAGAAACUCCGGUUUUGUGGAAAGGAACCACCCGAGGCGGAAAAGAUUGAGAAGAUAUUGUCAACAAUGCUUCCGUCUGAAAUAAUCCUUACACUCUCAUACCGUGAGAAGAACUUCACAGAUUAUGCCUUACUGAUUCUGACAUUGCGUCAGGCAGAGAAGAACCAUGUGAUAACCAUCUGGAACUCUCAGCAGCGCCCUAUGGGAACUGCGCCUCUGCCUGAGGUACAUGCGAACAUUAAGAAAUCUGAUCAGAAUGGGAACACCCAGUCUGGAGGUUCAACUGGCAAAGGCAAGCGCAAGAGAACUCGCAAGCCACGUGGCAAAUUCUAG